AUAUAUAUAGGCAUGUGCUUCCUUCUUCUAACAUCUAAAACUCAUAGCAUCAAAACUUAUAUCAUUCAAAGAAUGGCUUUGACAAAGUUUCAACUUGCUGCCCUUUUCGUCUCAUGUUUUCUCCUGUAUGCUUCUCAAUCAAAGGCAUUGAACACAAAACAAAUCGGACCUGGAGACGAGUGUACCUACAGAGGCUCGUGCAUGUUCAGCCAGGAAUGUGGGAGUCGAUGUGGACCGCCUGAAUUCCCAUCUGGAACUCUUGGUUUAUGCAUGGCCAGUCAAGAUGGUUCUGAAUAUCUAUGUUGUUGUACUCCCUAUAGUAAACAUUAGUUAUAACUUUUUCUUUUGCUUAAAUUUGGAACAUUAGUUAUAACUUUGGUUGGAUUAUCAUUACGAAAAAUUUAAAGGA